AUGUCUAAUUUCGUAAGGUCUACAGCUUCAAAGUACAAGUUUGGUGCACAUGUUUCAGGUGCCGGUGGGAUCUCGAACUGUGUUAGUAAUGCUUAUAAUAUUGGUUGUAAUGCAUUUGCAAUGUUCUUAAAAUCACCAAGAAAAUGGGUCUCGCCACAAUACACUAAAGAAGAAGUAGAUAAGUUUAAAGAGUUGUGUAAACAACAUGAUUAUAAUCCAUUGACUGAUAUUUUGCCUCAUGGACAAUAUUUCAUUAACUUAGCUAAUCCAGAUAUUGAAAAAGCUGAAAAAAGUUAUGAUUCAUUAUUAGAUGAUUUAAAAAGAUGUGAACAAUUAGGUGUAGGUCUUUAUAAUAUGCAUCCAGGUUCUUCACUGACUGGGGAUCAUAAACAACAAUUAAAGCAAUUGGCGGAUUAUUUAAAUAAAGCUAUUAAAGAAACAAAAUUUGUUAAGAUUCUCUUGGAAAAUAUGGCAGGUACAGGUAAUCUAGUUGGAAGUAAUCUUGCAGAUUUACGUGAAGUCAUCGAUAUGAUCGAAGAUAAAUCAAGAAUUGGUGUUUGUAUUGAUACGUGCCAUACAUUUGCAGCAGGUUAUGACAUUGGUUCAAAAGAAGCGUUUGAUAAAUUUUGGAAAGAAUUUGAUGAAAUUGUUGGGUAUGACUAUCUAAAGGCUAUUCAUUUAAACGAUUCUAAAGCACCAUUAUCUGCUAAUAGAGAUCUUCAUGAGAAAUUGGGAGAAGGAUUUUUAGGAUUAGAAGUUUUCAGAAUAAUUGCCAAUAAUGAUAAAUUGUAUAAUAUACCGAUAAUUUUAGAGACACCACAGGAGAAGGACGAUGGGUACGGUAACGAAAUUAAAUUACUGGAAUGGUUAGAAGAUAUCUCAGAUGAAGAUUCCUUAGAGAAUAAAGAACUUAUCGAAAAAAUUACGAUGUUACAGAAAAAUGGUGAAAAGGUACGUAAAGAACAAUUAACCAAAUUUAAAGCUAAAAUUGAAAAGAACUCUAAUUCUAAGAAAAGGAAAUCCACAGCUGUUAAAAAGUCAGAAAAUGACAUAUCUUCACAAUUGACUAGAUCAAAGAGAGCACGUCGUUAA